AUGUCGGAUCUCGACCACUUCGACCUUCUCCCCAUUCAGAUGGACCCUCAGUCCAAGGCCAUCACCUCUCAAAACGCAUCGCGCUCUCUGGCUGCCGAACUCGAAGCCCUCAACACCCUCCACCGCUCACUCCUCACCAUCGAGCACCCCUCGGGCGCACCCCCGCCUCCUGUGCCCGUCCACCCCAAGCGCACCGCCAAUGUGACCAAGCUCCGCGAUUCGGGUAACAACGAAUACCGCAAGGGCAAGUUCCCUGAGGCCAUCAAGUUCUACACAUUAGGCGUGCAGAUGGCCUUGCAGCGACCCAUGUGGGAACCCGCUGCUCUCGUGCGGGAGGAGAUCAGCGGCCUGCUUGCCAACAGGGCGCAGGCGCACAUGGCCAUGCAGAACUGGGCUGAGGGUGCCGUGGAUGCGCAUGCAAGCGUUGAGGCGCGCUGGGUUGGAAACGCAAAAGCUUGGUGGAGAAGAGGAAGAUGUCUGGCUGAGAUGGGCAGACUGGAGGAGGCCAGAGACUGGGUCAGAAGAGGACUCGAGGUUGAGGGCGAGGAGGGAGAGCUAGUGCAGCUUUUGAAGGAUAUCGAGGAGAGGAUCGCGAGACAGGAGGCUUAA